AUUACGAUUUCCUGAAUGAAAAAAAAAAUCAUUCAAUCGAUCGCCACAUGGAGUAAACCAGUAAAUGGCCAAAUUUUGCAAAAUUACUUGAGCGGCGUGCAGCGCGCCUGGUCUGUGGCGGAUGGUGAGACGAUGGCAUCUUUUAUUUCACUCAAAGACAAGCAUAUAAUGAAUCGUAAUUUAUAUGUGGAGUGUCCAGAGAAUGCCGUGGAACGUAUGCUGGAUCCGCCCAUUGAUGAGAUUGUUUGUGCGCAUCCGAAAGUACUCUAUUACUUGGGCUUGGAAACUCGCGAUUUUAUGCAAGCUUAUCGCCAACAAUCACAAUGCAUACAAUCUGUUGUGAAAAUGUUGCAACAGUUGAAGGAGGAGAACUGGUGUCUUCCCAUAAUGUACCCAACCUGCUUGGAUUUGCGAAUAUUAGCGCAAAAAUGCGAAGAACUUGGCAGCAGCAGCAAGCCGGGGGAAAUUCUUGAGAAGGCCGCAGACUGCUUAAUGAGCUGUUUCCGUGUAUGUGCCGCAGAUAAUAGAUCUUCGGAUGACGACACUAAACGCCUUGGCAUGCUCAACCUUGUUAAUCAGCUAUUCAAAGUCUACUUCCGCUUAGCUGUUUGCGGUUUGUAUGAGCGCCUCUCGACCAUAUGAAACUUUCGCCACGCUUAAAAAGUAGAAUCUCACUAUU